AUGGUUGAUAAUGAAUUGCGCGAUAAAGAAAUAUCCUUGAGAGGGGCCUCUAGACUGGAUGGAAAGCCAAGGCUUGAUUCAUUUUUUAACAAAGAUGGGUUGUUAUUACGAUCAUACGGAUGGUUAGUAAGGAACGCCAUAGGCAUUAUAAUUUUAAUUCAUGGUUUAGGCUCACAUGCAAGAUUGACCUUUUUAAGACAUAACGUUGAAAUUGUAAAUAACGAUAAAGCCAUAUUAAAAGAUGGAAAUAAUUUUUACCUUUAUAAAGAUAGCUGGGUAGAACAUUUCAACAAAAAUGGAUAUUCCGUUUUUGGAUUAGAUUUACAAGGUCACGGUUUAUCAGAUGGAUUUGAGAAGCUCAGUUAUCAUGUAAAGGAGUUUGACGAUUUCGCCUAUGAUGUAAUGCAGUGUAUUAGGAACAUUCAGGAUAGAAUAAAUGGUUCCAAUGGGGGUGAUCCACGGAAGGGGGAGGAUAGUAAUUUACCAUUUCGGGAGGACCAAAUAUGUGGGAGGAAGGCUCUUCCCACUUACGUAAUAGGUAUAUCUAUGGGGGGAAGUAUCGCUUUAAGGAUGCUACAAAUAUUGGGAAAGACAAAAAAUAGAAGAGAAGGUACGGGACUACACAUCAACGGGUGUAUUUCCAUCUCUCCUAUGAUAGCUGUUAAAAAGCUACCAUCGAGAAAUUCGUUCCUAUUUCAGAACGUCUAUCUCCCAUUGUCUAAGUGCAUUGCUGAUUGGUUUCCAACGGUGAGACUUAUUAACAAAUAUGCGUAUAAGAAGUAUCCGUAUGUUAAAUAUAUUAUUAAGUAUGAUAAAAUUCGAUCUAAGGAGGCAAUCACGUAUAGACUUGGCUAUGAGCUUUUGAAAGCAAUUGACACCUUAGACAAUGACAUAGAACACAUGCCUAAGGAUAUCCCUGUGUUGAUUAUUCAUUCUAAGGAGGACAUUUUGUGCUCCUAUGACGGAUCCCUAUCGUUCUAUGAUCGACUCGAUGUAAACAAUAAGGAAAUGCACACAUUGGAGGAUAUGGAGCAUACCGUCGUUAAGGAGCCCGGAAAUGAGGAAGUUUCGAAAAAAAUCGUAGAUUGGAUUAUGGGUUUGCCGUCGUCAAAAGGGGGCAGCAUAUGUCAAAGGGGGAAGAACGCAGUCGUCGAAGGGGAGCAACACGUUUGA